AUGGAGAAACCUUUGCCGAGAAAGUUCAAAAUGCCCCAGAUAAACCCUUAUUCAAGCAAAGACGAUCCCUAUGAUCACAUGCAAAAUUACGAAUCUUUAAUGAUGCUUCAUGGAUGGGACGAUGAGAUAAUGUGUAGGGCAUUCCCCUUAACCUUAACUGGGCACGCUUGGGCCUGGUUUAAUGGUUUACCCGAAACAUCCAUUUCUUCAUUCAGACAGUUAAAAACAGAGUUCAUAAAGGCAUUCAUUAUUAAUAGUCGAAGGAAGAAAGACGCAGCGUACCUUCUUAGCAUUUGGCAAGGGCAUAAGGAAACCCUACGUCACUAUGUGGACAGAUUUCGGAAUGCCACGCUUGAGAUUUGCAAUUUGCCUAUAGAAAUGGCUGUGUCCGCUAUGUUCCAAGGAACACGACUACCCCCUUUGCAAGAAUCAUUGUCUCUAGACCCGCCGAAGUCUUUAGCAUACCUGUUCGUCAGAGCCAAUAAGUGCAUACUCCACACAGAAAUGAUGAGAACAAUAGGGGGAAAUGAAGAUGAAGAAAGGAAAAUAAAAGAGCGAGAUAAUGAAGAAGGAUUGAAUCAGCGAAAAGAACGAACCAAGAGGUCAGAUACGGUUAGACCACAAUUCCAUCAUUACACUAGGCUCAAUCAACCCCGAUCAACUAUACUGGCAGCAGUAAAGGGGUCGGGCCUUCUCCAGCUUCCGAAAAAGCCAGACCGUCCCAUGGGGAGAAAUCAAGAAGAAUACUGCAGAUAUCACCGGAUUCGAGGGCACUCCACUGACCAGUGUAGGGAGUUAAAAAACCAGAUUGAAGCACUCAUUCGGGAAGGGCACUUGCAAAGGUAUGUAAGGACUGAAGGAAGAAAUGACCGAGAUCGUCAGAGAAUGGAAGAAAGACCCGAGGGUCAAGAUAGACGAAAUUUGCUGCAGAAUGAAGACAGAAUUAUGGCCCCCCUCGACAAUAAGCCGACACAUCAAGCCAUUCAUGUCAUCUCUGAGGGCGAGACUCUAGCUGGGAAUACUUCUUCUCGAAAAGCCUACGCUCGUCAGGCCUACCAGGUCAAUUCAGUGAUGGAGGCAAGAGAAGACGAGGAGCCCAUCACAUUCACCCCUGCUGAUAGGGGUGAUAUAAUACUCCCGCAUAACGAUCCAAUGGUAAUUUCUGCAAUUGUCGCCAAACACCCUGUCAGUAGAAUCUUGGUGGAUAGCGGCAGCUCUGUUAAUCUGAUCUAUUGGAAUUGUUUCGAGCAAAUGCGUAUGUCCCCUGACCGAUUGAAAAGAGUGUCAUCUCCCUUGUACAACUUCACUGGGGAAGCUGUCCCAGUGGCGGGAUCUGUUUAA